CGUCGUUAACAGAAUCCUUACCAGUUCUCAAAUAGUCAUAUCUUAAUCGGAGCAAAAAGAUGGCCGGAAUAGUUGUUCUUUUACCGAAGGAUUUCGGCUAUAUCAUUCUCACCAUUAUCGCCUACUGUUUCGUCAACCUGUAUAUGCAGCUUCAAGUCAACAAAGCUCGAAAGAAGUAUCAUGUGUCAUACCCAGCACUCUACGCCACUGAAGCUGAUACCAAGGAUUAUAAACUCUUCAACUGUAUUCAGAGAGGGCAUCAGAACUCGCUCGAAUCCCUUCCGAUCUUCUUUGUUUUGAUGGUUUUGGGCGGGUUUAAACACCCACUUAUAUGUUCGUGUCUGGGAUUAGUUUACACAAUUACUCGGUUUUUCUAUUUAAAGGGUUACUCCUCCGGUGAUCCUAAGGGACGUCUCCCGAUUGGGGGAUUCAACGGUAUUGCAUUACUGGGGCUUGUGAUAGUCAAUAUUACGUUCGGGACGAUGUUGUGUUUGGGGAAAAUAUGCAUGAUAUGCACAUUCUUGAUAGUGUUGGGAAUUACAAUCGGGUUGUUGUUCGGUUUUGGCGUAUUCACUGAUGGAUUUCAUAAGAUCAAGAACGUGUUUCAUUAUUCUCAAUCUCAUUCAUAUUCGCAUGUUGUUUAUGGAAGGACUUGUCAUGGUAGUUGA